AUGUCGACCAUCACAAAACUCAUUGCGGGCCUCAAGCCUGAUGAGAAGUUCUUCUCCCUGGAGUUUUUUCCUCCAAAGACCCAGAACGGUAUGGCCAACUUCCGAGCCCGUCUGGCCCGAAUGGCGGCUCUCAAACCUCUGUUCAUCACAAUUACCUGGGGAGCCGGAGGCUCGACCGCCAAGAAGUCUCUGGACAUUGCCAGCGAGUGCCAGAGCAUGGGUCUCGAUGUGUGUCUGCAUCUGACCUGUACCAAUAUGGACCCUGCUCUGAUUGAUCAGGCUCUGGAGGCUGCUUCCAAGGCCGGAAUCUGCAACAUCCUGGCUCUUCGAGGUGACCCUCCGCGAGGUGAGGAGUACUGGCAGCCCGCUUCUCCUGAGUUUCAGCAUGCCGCUGAUCUCGUCAAGUACAUCAAAAAGAAGCAUGGAAACAAGUUCUGUGUUGGUGUGGCCGGCUACCCAGAGGGCCAUGUUGACGGCUCUGACGCCUCUCACCAGGACUUCCACCACGACCUACCCUACCUCAAGGAGAAGGUCGAGGCCGGAGCCGACUUCAUUAUUACCCAGAUGUUCUACGACGACAACAAGUUCCUUGAGUACAACAAGGCUGUUCGAGAGUUCUCCCCACUGCUCAAGAAUAUCACCAUCAUCCCCGGACUCAUGCCCAUCAACACAUACACAUCGUUUGUUCGAGCCGCCAGACUAUCGCAUGCCUCUGUGCCUCCUGCCAUUCUGGACCGAAUCCAGGCCGUCCCUACCGGCAACGAUCAGCAGGUUAAAGACAUUGGUGUUGAAGUGGUCUCUGACAUUGUCAACGACGUGUACACCAAAACCAACAAGACUGUGCGAGGUUUCCACUUCUACACCCUCAACCUGGAGCGAUCUGUGGCACGAAUUCUAGAACGAUCAGGCUUCCUUACAAUUGAGGAAGACUGCGCGGUUGAGGAGGCUACAGGAUCCACCGCUUCCACCACCCCCAACAAGACUCCUCUUCGACGACGAUCCUCGGCCACCCAUCGAAACCGAGUGGUUGAUGACGCUCGACAUCACCCUGAUGCCCCCAAGGAGGAGCCUGACCUCACUACCCUUGCAUUGGCAAUUGCAUCCGGUGAAGGUGCUGUUGGACGAGAGGCCGUGUGGGAUGAUUUCCCUAACGGUCGAUUCGGAGACUCUUCUUCCCCUGCCUUUGGAGAGAUUGAUGGCUAUGGCCCUUCUAUCCACGUGCCUCCUGCAAGAGCUCUCGAACUAUGGGGCUACCCUGUGGACGAUGCUGAUCUGUCCAAGCUCUUUGCCGACACCAUUGUCGGCAAACUGCCCUUCAUGCCCUGGUCUGACCAGACCCUUUCUCCUGAGACAAUGCUCAUCCAGGAGCAGCUUAUGGAGUUGAACCAGAAGGGCAUUUGGACUGUGGCUUCUCAACCCGCUUGUAACGCUCUCAAGUCCGACGACAAUAUCUUCGGAUGGGGCCCCAAGGGCGGCUAUGUCUUCCAGAAGUCUUUUGCUGAGUUUUUUAUCUCUCCUGAGCAGUGGAAGAAGCUCAAGCCUCUGCUGGACGCACAGGAGGAUCUCGUCUCUUACUACGUUGCAAAGUCCGACAAGCUGGUCGACACCAACGUUUCUGAGCGAGCCUCUAACGGUGUCACCUGGGGGGUCUUCCCCAACAGAGAGAUUGUGCAGACCACCAUCAUCCAGGAGGACUCUUUUGAUGCGUGGAGAGAAGAAGCCUUCAGCAUCUGGAGUGAAUGGCGAGCCCUGUACAAGAAGAACACUGCAUCAUUCAAGCUGCUUGACAAGAUUAUCAACGAGUAUCUUCUCGUUACAGUCAUUCAUCAUGACUACGUUGAGGAGGACGGGCUCUGGGAGCUUCUGGGAAGCGUCUAA